CACCUGUCCGUCCCUGUGGACAAACGCGUCUGUCUGAUGAGUGAAUGUAAAUGCUCACACAGGCUCAGUCAGUGGUGCUGAACUGUGUGUGAAUAUAAAUUAGGUGGAAAAACAGCGAGUUGUGUUCGGUGGACGAGGUGGACGAAGAUGCUGAGACCCUGCAGACUGCUGCUGUGGCAGGUGGCACUCAGGUUGUCUUAUCAUGUUGUUACAGCCAGUCUGUGUCUCGGGGGGUCGGACAUCUUUGUGUCGGUCAGAGAGAACAGUCCCACUGGUCAGUUCAUCUCUAACAUCAGUAUCAGUGGAGACACAGGAGCUAACGCCAUCAGACUGUGUCUGACGGGGGACAAGGCCGACUGGUUCUACUUAGAGGGACGGACCAUCAGACUCAACACGUCCAUCUCCAGAGUUCUGGACAGAGAGGUUCAGGGAUCGGUGCUGAUCGCAGAGCUGACCUGUUAUGAGGACGAUGUCACUCAGAGUCAGUCCAGGAUCCUGGUGGAGAUUUUGAAUGAAAACGACAACAGACCAAACUUCGUGCAGGACACAGUCGAGCCGUUCAGCAUCAGUGAGCUGACGGCCGUGGACUCUGUGGUUUUCACUGUGAAGGCAGUCGAUGCAGAUGGAGACAUGAUCAGUUACAUCAUUGAUCAAUCAUCACCCGACGCCCGCUUCUUCAGGAUUGAUCUACCAAACAGUGGAAACAUAGUUCUGAACAAAGCGCUGGACUAUGAGACCAGAACUCACCUGGAACUCACCGUCUGGGCCCAGGAAUCAAACACGAUGGAGAAGUUCAACACGUCUGCAGUUUUAACUGUGAACAUUGAGGAUGGAGAUGACCAGUAUCCUCACUUCCUGCCCUGCACACCUGUUUCUCCAGGUGUUCCUGUCUGCAUGAACCCAGCGUACACAGCCAACAUCACACAGAAACACCUCGAAGCUUUGAGGACUGAGGACGUGGUUCUGGAGUUUUCUCCUGGUCCAAUCAGAGCAGAGGACGGAGACAGAGGAAUCAAUGCUCCUCUGAUCUACAGCGUCCUGUCAGGUGAUGAUCAGGGAAGAUUUGUGAUCAACAACAGGACAGGUGAGCUCAGGUUAACCCGAGCUGUGAACAACCGACGACUGACACCAAACUUCACGCUCACCGUCAUGGUGCGUCAGGCUGAUGACAGGCUGAAACACAGCGUGGCGUCAGUUAUGGUCAGAGUUCUCUACGACAACAAGUUCCCUCCGGUUUUCAACAGAACCACCUUUAAAGGUUUCAUCAUCCAAAACUCUAGCCCCGCCUCCAUCGUCUCCACCUAUGGGAACCAGGUGUUACAGGUCCAGGUGUUAGACCUUGACUUCUCUGAUGGCCUGAAUCCAAACAUCCACUACUCCCUCCAUCCUCUGUCUGGACUGUACCAAGUCACGCAGAGGGGGGUUCUGAUUGCCAGGACAGACCAGCUGCGCGCCUUCGACAGACACAUACUCCAGGUCGUAGCCAGAGACGAAGAAUCAGGAGAAGAAGUUUCAGCCUCGGUGGACAUUGAAGUCCUGCAGAGAGGACAAACAGUCCCCAGCGGUGCGUUCACUGAGCAGCAGAUGUUUGGGGACGUGGACAGCAGACUGGCCGGAGGAAUAGCAGCGAUGAUUCUGCUGAUGUUUCUCUCAGCUCUUCUGUUUCUGCUGCUUCGAACAGUGAAGAGACAACGUUCACAGCGAGAACCUGAGGAGCACAGGGCGGUCGCUGUGGACAAGCAUCCAAACGUGGUGAAUUCCAGUCAACCUGUUUUCUCUCUGGACGACCCUUCGUACAACAACAGAGCUUUCAGUCAUCGCAGCGAGUCUUCUUCACAGUCAGAGAGUUUACAUGGCCGACAGGGCGUCUACACGAGGAAACUCUCUCUGCUUCAUCCUGCAUCUUCUCCAUCCGGCAUCAUCAUCACUGAUCCCGCACACAGAUCCAGACCUGGUCUUCAUCCUCCACCGUCGUCGCCUUCGAACACCGUGAGCGAGCAGCAGCUGUAGACGUCAGGCUGAAGGGAGACGAAACACCGUCCGCCUGUGAGUCUACAGGUGUUAACAGAGACAACGUCACUGUGGGGACUCCUCAGAGACACGACAGCGUGGAAACCAACCAGUCAGAGGACACAUUACUGGAAUAGGAAAAUGAUCAGCAGCCAAUCGCAGGACAGAAAAAGAAAAUUCAAUGAUGAACACCUGAGAGAUUCGAUGUGAAAUCAGACUCAUGCUCCACUGACGACUCUUCUUCUUCUUCUUCUUCUUCUUCUUCAUGUCUGUCUGAAACUACAGUUCAACUUCGUGGAGAAAAGUGUUGAUCAGAUUCACAAAAAAACUAAAUGGCUGAAGUGUGAGGUCACGUGUGUCUGAAUGAGAAUAAAAAAUGUUUGAAACAUGA